CUCUCCUUCCCGUUCAAGGUCUCAGCGCGAGCGACGGAUUGCCCUUUUCAACCGCGGGAGUUUAUUUUAUUUAUUUUUUUCGUUUUCGUGUGUACUGCUAGUUGUGAGGGACAAUCGGGUAUAAAGAGCGCGGGAAAGCACUUGUUGGUUCAUGGAGAACUUGGUUGUUGCUGUACGUACUAAAGUUACAAGUUGUGUCGUGAGACAAGGUGAAGUCAGUCAGUCCAUCAGUCAAGAAGCAGCUUCAACACCACCCGCCACCACCACGGACAAUCAUCGACUACCAUCUAUCGCCAUCGCCAUCACCAUCAUCAUCAUCACCACCACCACUGAACACGAAAGAAGAAAGACGAGCUUGACGACAUCACUGGCGAUAACGACCACCCUUUGACCUCAUAUUCAUAUCACCAUCAUGGCCGCCGACGAGCAACCGUCUACUGCAUCCGCCUCCGCCACCACUCCCACAUCCACUCCCAUGGCAACCACCAGCACCAGCACCACCUCCUCCACCUCCUCCCUCACCCUCUCGCAGGCCAAGUACGCAGACCUCGCGUUCAACUCGCCCCUCUCGUCCGCCCACGCCGACGCGCUCAUCGCGCACCUCGCCCUCUCGCCCGCCGCCAUGGCCACUACCAGCGCCAGCGCCACAAGCAGCAGCAGCAGCAACAGCAGCAACAGCAACAACAGCAACAGCACCAUCUCCGUCGUGGACCUCGGCUGCGGCUGGGGCGAGCUCCUCCUCCGCGCCGCCUCCUCCUCCGCCGCCGCAGCCUCUUCCACCUCCUCUUCCUCCUCUUCCUCCUCCUCCUCCUCCGCAACGGUAACCAUGACCUUUACGGGCGUAGACACCGACGCCGCGCUCCUCGCCCGCGGCCGCCUCGCCCUCGCCGCCUCCCAGAGCCUCGUCACCUCACCACCACCACCACCUCCUCCUGGAGACGAUGCCAGCGGUGUCAGCAGCAGCAGCACCGUCGCCGUCUCCUUCGUCGAGCAGCCAGCCUCGUCGUGGACCCAGCCCGCCCCCCGCGCCAUCUGCAUCGGCUCCUCGCACGCCCUCGGCGGGACGCGCCCCGCGCUGCGACAGCUCGGGCGCAUCGUCGAGCCCUAUUCCUCCUCGUCGUCCUCCGCCUCCUCCUCUGCGCCGUCAAAGCAUCACAGCGGCGGCAGCAGCAGCAGCAACGGGCACGCCAGAGUCCUCUUUGGCGGAAUGUUCUGGCAGCAGCAUCCCCCGCCCGCGUCCACGCGCGCCCUCUUCGGCGACGACGAGGUCCCCGGCUCCCUCGCCGACCUCGUCGCCGCGUGCCGCGACGAGGGCUGGACGGUGCUGCACCUCAGCACCGCCGACCAGGCCGAGUGGGACGACUUCGAGUCCCGCCACCGCUCCGGCCAGAGGCGCUGGCUGCUCGACCACCCCGGGGCCCCUGGCGCCGACGAGCUGCGCCGGCAGCUGGACCAGCGCGAGCACGACUACCUCGCGCACUACCGCGGCAUCCUGGGCUUUGCCUUUCUCAUCCUGGCACGUUAGGUAGUGAGGGCUCGUGUGGCAACAUUUUGCAUCAGUCACUGUAGGCAGUGCAGUGCAGUGCAGUGCAGUGCAGUGCAAUAGACACCUCACACAAGAAACAUGCUCCCAACAGGAAUAUAGGAUACUAACUCAUUACCGUGUCCAUUAAUAAAGUUUUAACUCAUGUCGGGAUCGCUAGCAGGCCACC